CACAAAACUAAACCCUCGCUUCGGAGGCGCGUGAACCCAAGACCGACAGGCGAACGAAGCGAGGGUCCUCACAACCACCAUCCCCUGCUGCAACGACGCCGCCGGCGAUGGCGUCCAUCUCCGGCGCGGCGGCGCCGCCAUCUUCCGCCGUGUGCCGGCUUCGGCUGCGCCGGCACCUUCUGCUCCGGCCCUCCCACCUCCGCCUCCGCGCGCCCCACUCCAUCGCCGACCUCUCCCGCUCCUCCAAUUCCGCCCCGAGCCCGGCCCGCCCAGCGCUGGGCUCCGGCCCGGAGAACGGCAGCGGCGGCGUCCGCGCGGUGGAGAAGGACCCGAUCAAGCUGUGGGAGCGCUACGUCGAGUGGCUCUACCAGCACAAGGAGCUCGGCAUCUUCGUCGACGUCAGCCGGAUGGGGUUCACGGAGGAGUUCCUGCGGCAGAUGGAGCCGCGGAUGCAGCAGGCCUUCGUCGACAUGCGGGAGCUCGAGAAGGGCGCCAUCGCCAACCCCGACGAGGGUCGCAUGGUGGGCCACUACUGGCUCCGCGACCCGGCCCUCGCUCCCAACUCCUUCCUCCGGAACAAGAUCGAGACCGCACUCGACAGAAUCCUCGCCUUCUCUCAAGAUGUCGUCUCUGGAAAGAUUCUUUCCCCAUCUGGUCGUUUCACUUCAAUUCUCUCUAUAGGAAUCGGAGGGUCAGCUUUGGGCCCUCAAUUUGUUGCUGAGGCACUUGCGCCUGAUAACCCUCCACUGAAGAUAAGAUUUAUUGACAACACCGAUCCUGCUGGGAUUGAUCAUCAAAUUGCUCAACUAGGACCUGAACUGGCAACUACUCUUGUAAUUGUCAUUUCUAAGAGCGGAGGCACACCUGAAACCCGCAAUGGGCUACUGGAAGUACAGAAAGCCUUCAGAGAUGCAGGUCUGCAAUUCUCGAAACAGGGUGUUGCAAUCACUCAAGAAAAUUCUCUGUUGGAUAACACUGCCAGAAUAGAGGGAUGGUUAGCUCGGUUUCCUAUGUUUGACUGGGUUGGUGGUAGGACUUCAGAAAUGUCAGCUGUUGGUUUACUUCCAGCUGCAUUGCAGGGUAUUGAUAUCAAGGAAAUGCUAGUUGGUGCAGCUUUAAUGGAUGAGGAAACCCGGAACACUGUGGUUAAAGCAAAUCCAGCAGCAUUGCUUGCAUUAUGUUGGUAUUGGGCAUCGGAAGGGAUAGGCAAAAAGGAUAUGGUUGUGCUUCCUUACAAGGAUAGUUUAUUACUUUUGAGUAGAUAUUUGCAACAACUUGUCAUGGAAUCUCUUGGAAAAGAAUUCGACCUGGAUGGCAACCGUGUUAAUCAAGGGCUAACUGUAUAUGGUAACAAAGGAAGCACUGACCAGCAUGCUUACAUUCAGCAGCUGAGAGAAGGUGUACAAAACUUCUUUGUUACGUUUAUUGAGGUCUUGCGUGACAGGCCUGCUGGACAUGAUUGGGAGCUUGAACCUGGAGUCACGUGUGGUGACUAUUUGUUUGGGAUGUUGCAGGGAACCCGUUCUGCUCUUUAUGCAAAUGACCGGGAGUCUAUCUCUGUUACUGUGCAAGAGGUAACUCCUAGAGCUGUUGGAGCACUGAUUGCACUUUAUGAACGUGCUGUGGGGAUUUAUGCUUCUUUGGUAAAUAUCAAUGCCUAUCAUCAGCCUGGUGUUGAGGCUGGGAAAAAGGCAGCAGGAGAAGUAUUGGCCCUUCAGAAAAGGGUUCUGACUGUAUUAAAGGAGGCCAUCUGCGAGAACCCUACUGAGCCAUUGACUCUAGAUGAAAUUGCAGAUCGCUGCCAUUGCCCUGAAGAUAUUGAGAUGAUCUACAAAAUAAUCCAGCACAUGGCUGCUAACGACAGAGCACUUAUAGCAGAAGGCAGCUGCGGCUCUCCUCGCAGUGUUAAGGUGUACCUCGGUGAAUGCAGUGUGGACGAAGAUAUGCAGGCCGCAUAGAUUCUGUGUCUGGAUCCGUGUAACAUUGUUGGAAUAAAUCAGAAGCAACACAAUAGCGAUGCUAUGCAUGGGUGUCGCUGAUGCUGAUGUCUCAUUAGUUUCUUGUUUGGUGGUGCUUGCACACGAUUGCCGGAACGAUGUAAUUUUAGAAUUUGAUUUUUUUUGGCCCCUUAAAUAUAAAAUACAAAGAUAGAAGGUGGUGUCCGCAUCUCCUCAUGUACCUUUGCGUUCUCUU